AUGUCCGCUGGGUCCAUGGCGGCGGCGUUGGCCUCCGCCGCGCUGGGCUUUGGCCUCGGGGCGCUCUGGGCGAAGCGAAGAAGUCGUGAGAGGCGCCGGACGCGGGUCAUGCAAAUGGCGAAGGUUCGGCCAGACCGGGUGGCGCUCUACAAGCGCCAUCAUCAGGGUGUCUGGCCGGAAGUGGAGCAGGGUUUGGCCGCCGUUGGCGUGGAGACCAUCUCCAUCUGGUCCGACCCGAAGGACGAGACCUCGCUCUUCAUGUACUUGGAGAUGGACGAGGAUGCCGGGGACAUGGGCGAGGGCUCCAAGUACCGCGAGAACCCGAGGGUCCGCGACUGGGAACGGGCCAUGGAGACGGAGUUCCACUCGGGGUGGCAGAAACUCAACGAGUGGUACACAUUGAAGUCCUGCGGCUCAAGGCAGGUGCAGCUGUCCACCAAUUCCCUGCCGCCGUGUUAUGACAUCAUGGGUGGCAAGUGA